AUGCCUACUCGGUUGUUAGACCUCGGUAAUGAAGGCGCAAAAACGUGGCGAAUUAUCGAGUCUCAAGGCCAGGACAGAGUUGAAUACAUUGCACUCUCCCAUCGAUGGUCAAAGAGCACACCGGAGUUGCUUAGUAGUAACUACGAAGCAUACCAUGAACAUCAGCCUGAUAGUAUCCUUCCCCAAGACUAUCAAGAUGUCAUCUCUAUUUGUCGCGCAAUACCCAUCCGAUACCUGUGGAUCGACUCUCUCUGUAUUGUGCAAAAAGACGGCGGCUUUGACUUUCGCCGUGAAGCACCAAUGAUGAUAGAUAUCUAUCAGCAUGCCUACCUUACGUUGAUGAUAUGUUGGGACUUCGCAGGGACCUCGAUUUUCCGAAAGUGCAGUCCCCGGAGCAUACCACGCCCUCGACCGCCCCAGUCCGAUGAUCACGAUUUGCACGAUUUAUCCAAUCUGGACAUCAACCCCGAUGACUUUGUGUUUGUCACAUACCGGGAGGACUUCUCUAUGAACACAGAGGAUGCUUCUAUUAAUACGAGAGCAUGGGUUCUGCAAGAACGAUACCUUUCCAAAAGGAUUCUAUACCUGGGGAACGAUCAGCUUUAUUGGGAAUGCGAUGGCGAAGGCAACGGACACCCCGUCUUAAGCGAACUAUUUUCUAAAAUCAUAGAAUCUAGUGGUCGACAAUCGGCUACCAUCCCUUUUGGAGGGGGUAGAGAACCAACCUGGAACCAAAUAAUCCAGAAGUACACGGCAUGCCAAUUGACAUAUGAAGAGGACAGGGUUGUCGCUAUAGCGGGUCUUGCUAGAGUUCUCUCCAAAAGAACUGGCGAGACCUAUUUCGCAGGAAUCUGGCUCGAGCAUUGGGCACACGACCUCCUUUGGGCUACAACAAAGGAAAGAGUUUCAAGUUCUGGGCUCGAUGUGCCAAAUACGAAGCAGAGCACCACUCCAACUUCAACCCCUCCUUCAUGGUCAUGGCUGUCAUUUUCUGGAACGGUUCGGGCUUAUCGAUAUGGCUAUUGGCGAUCGGACUUCUUGACAACAAAACUCAACUCAUUCGAGUUGGAUGAUGUGCGUCCGCUAGCUAUGUUGACCGGGUCUAUUAUCAGCCCCCAAGACAGCGAUCCAUUCACCUUUUUUGACCAAGCCAUCUUGAAGAUCAAGUGUCUUCUGAUACCAGUGGAGUUCAACCACAUGGUAGAUAAGAACCAUUUUCUCGGACAACUAUCCAUACCAUUUAACCCACGGAUCCUCUACCAUGACGAGAUUCCCUCCGGUUUAAAUUUCUUGCAGCUGACUGAUGAAUAUGGAGAUGGACCAACUUUCGAGGUGAACUUUAGCAGGCCUGUUGAUCCGUCUUCAGCUUGUUACUUCCUUCCAGUUGUUCUCGAAAAGGAGAAUUUCGUUGAUGCUAGCGCCGAUACCUUUCAUAACGCAAUCGUCGCAGGUCUGUUGAUUCAACAAACAUUGGAGCGUGACAAGCAAGAGUUUACUAGAGUGGGAACUCUCCUUGGGAAGGAAGAUGAGCCUUCGAUCAGCCCUUUGAUCAGCAACACAAUUGUCAGACAGGGUAUUGGAAGUACUCCUUCAUCGCUGAAUACACAAGACGAAACCGCCUUUGAAUCGAAACUUGGCAACUUCGCAGCUGAUAUGGUGUCUUGUCCAGUACCUGUAUAUUGUUGCGACAUAGACAUAGACAUGGAGGAUGGAUCAAGAAAUAGCACAAGUGACGGGGAGGGCGAUAGUUCAAGCGAUGAGAGUAUUUGGGAGAUGGUUGAGUGUUCGAGUUUACCAUACUUCGCUACGGCGAAGUGGACUACUAUCCUAUUAGUAUAG